AUGACUGAAAGCCUUCUCUCCGUAGUAAAUACUUUGGAUACAUAUUAUACUGUUCUGGUGGCAGAGUUGGAACAAAUUGAUGCUGAUAUGGAUGUUAUUCAUACCUUUAUAAAAAGGUAUUGGGAAGCAUCGUUACAUAAACUGACUAGAACUAAAAGACAAAAGGAGAAUAUGCUAAGAGAUGUAAAAUUACAAAUAGAACUUUUCAACAUUCAUUUGGAAUCAGGAAGAGAAUUAUGCAAUCGAUUGGAAAGAGUUCAUCCAAUCAUUGUCAGACCUAGGGAGGAAGAUCUCAAUGAAGAACAAACAACAACACAGGGAGGUAAGAAAUCAAGUGGUCAAAAUCUUCCACGUAAAAUCCUCUCCGAUGGUUCUGUACAAAUUGGAAAUAACAUUAGAGAGAUUAGUAUUGCUUCGAGUAUUCUUGCUUAUUCAAAUGGUAUUGAGAUGACUGGAGGAGAUUCUGAUUCUGAUUUGGAAAAUUCUGGAGGAAAGAAACAGAGAGUGAAUGUACCUCUUGCUUCAAUAACAGCUCGACAAAAUCCACUCACAGCAGUACAACCAGCAAAGGGUAAUAAUCUCAAUUCUUCCAAUAACACAACACCAGGCUCAACAACUGGCCCACCUGAACUCAACACGAGUAAUGUCUCUGCCAUUCUAGGAUCUGCUCAACCUCUCGCAUCAAAGGAUUUGGGUCUCAACAAUAGGAAAAAGAAAAAGAAGAUCCAACCACCUCUCAAGAAGGACAUAUUCAAGGAAGGUUCUUUCACUCCAACUACUGCAAGUUCUUCUGAAACUGAUGACGAUUUUGGACUCUAA